GCAGAGGGAGGAGCUGAGGGCAGCAGUUUCAUUUUCACACAGCGACACACAGAAGAAGCCUUUCAUUGCAGCUGAUCAUGGACUUCAUUGAGCCCAUCCUGGGCAUUGCCUCAGAGAUCUACAGCCUGGUUGAGAAGGUGAAGGCCAACAAGAAGCGCAGCCGGCGCGUUUGUUGCCGAGUCAAAGCCCUGGACGAGCUGGUGAGGUCCAUCAAAAAGAGGGAGCCGGGACAAACCACCGCCGAGGUGGAGACGGCCCUCAGGGAACUCUCCUUCACCCUGAAGUCGGCCAAGGCGCUCAUCGAGAAGUACACUCUGGCCAAGUGGGUGAAGCGCUUCCUGAAUGCCGGCGAUCACGAAGACGAGUUCAACAGCUUGAACGAACGCCUCAACGACGCCUUCCAGGUCCUGUCCGGCGCCCUGCAGCUGGAGCAGAGCGCCGUGCUGCGCCAGGUGUUCGAGAUGGCCUCCAGAGAGAAGGAAGACGAAGUGGACCGGAAGGAGGACGACGCCGAAAUGCAGAAACUGCUUCUGCACUACAUGAAAGAGCAGCAGGAGAAAACAGAUGCCAUGCAGAAAGAAAUGGAAUACAUCAAACUCAACGUGGAAAAGGUCGUCGCAAUCUUGAACAAGCCCAGCAUCACUGAUGAAGACAUCCGGAUGAUCAAACCACACGAGCUGAAAUACGGAUACCCCAAAAAGCCCUUCAUGACAACACCGACCUCCGAGGUCUACAAAGGAGAGUACCGCCGGUUCCCGGUGGCCAUCAAGAGAUACACCGACACUAUUGACACCAGCCUGAGCGAGUUGCGGGAGGUUUUCAAGAAGGACGUCGACACCAUGCAGCGGUUUGAGUCGCCCAACAUCCUGCGAAUGUUUGGCAUCUGUGUGCAGGACGAGGACGGACCCAGCCCUCAGUUCCUCAUCGUCAUGGAGUACUGCGAGAAGGGAAGUCUCCGUCAGGUUCUGGACUCAGAAGGUCUCAGUCUGUCCUGGACCACGAAAGCUUGUAUGUGUCGGGACGCGGCGCGAGGACUCUACCGGCUGCACCACACUGAAGAGAAAUCAAAGGUUCACGGAUGCAUCAACAGCAACAAGUUCCUGGUGGCUGACGGCAACAUAGUGAAGCUGGGAGGCUUUGAGCUGGCCAAAACUGAGACGUCGCUGAGGAAGCUGACGAAGAACAAAGUUUCCAAAAUUACGAGGUCCCUGAGCUACUCGUCUCCACAGAUGCUGGACGACAUCAACUACAUCAACAACACGGCGUGCGAGAUCUACAGCUUAGGAAUCGUCCUGUGGGAAGUGGCAACGGGCAGAAGACCUUUUGAUGGUUGGUCAAACAAGGACAUCUAUAAGAAAGUGUGCAAAGAGGAAUUCAUGGAGGAGCUCCCCCACGAUUGUCCCAAAGGACUGGCGGAUCUGAUCAACGCCUGUCGGGCCCACGACAGCUUCCAGAGACCUUCUGCUGGAGUGCUGGUGGAUAUGCUGCAAAGCGUGGUGGCCGAGUUGGAGAGGUCGUAAGCCUCUUCCUCCCUCCUCCUCUUCGUCAGCAGCAGUCCUCGGGGGACUGGCCUGUAACUUCUUAACAAGCCGCACGGAAAGUUUACACUAAAAGCCGUACUUUUUUAAAUUCUGUUAGUUCGCUGUGACUCUGUGAGCAUCCCAUAAUGUUCAAACCUGCAUUUGUACCUUUAGAAUAGAUUGCAUGUGAAGGGGCGGUGUUUCAGGGAGAUUUAUGAGCCACUACACUGUAAAAACUCUGUUCAUUCAUAAAAGCACAUACCGGUUAAACAACAACAAUACUUCUGUCGGCAUGUUUUAGUCGUUACGUUUACUAUGACGAUGGAUGGAUUACGAGACGGGAGGAAAACACACACACAUUCACACAACCUGGUCUGAAGUACACGUAUUGUUUGUUCGGCUUGUCAAAUGACAUGUCAUGUCAUGUCAUGUCAUGGAUUUGUCAGCUAAAUGAAAUGUAAUUCAAUGUCAAUAUAAGUCAACAACAGCUAAGCUAGCUUAGCAUGCUAGCUAGCUAACUUAGCUAUGUUCCACGCACAAAUGCAGCGACUUUUUUUAAAUUAUCGCCCGGGAAGAGAAAGAUCGAGCGAGACCAGACAGUUCUGUCGAGUGAAGCCGCGUUCUCUCUCGGCUUCUCUGGUUGUAUAGAAGUCUAUGAUCUAAAUAACACGUUUGUCUCUUGCCAUUGACUUCCUUGUUGUCUCCUCUCGUUUCCUUGUUGUCUCCUCUUGUUUCCGUGUUUUCUCCUUGUUCCCUCUUGUUUCCUUGUUGUCUCCUCUUGUUUCCUUGUU